AUGAUAGUCCUCUCAUGGAAUAUAAGGGGUCUUAAUGACCCUGGGAAGGUAGCUGUUAUGAAGCAGUUACUUGUGGAGCAUACAAUUGAUGUGUGCUGUAUUUUGGAAACUAAAGUAAAAAUUAAAAGUAGUAAUACUAUUCAGAGGAAGUUUGGGAGAGCUUGGUCUUGGCAUUGUAACUAUUCUAGCUCUCCUAAAGGUAGAAUUUGGGUUGGCUGGAAGGCUGACUACCUUACUCUUGAUGUCUUGCAUUCUGCUGAACAGUUUGUUCACUGUGUGCUGUGUUCAAAAACUUUACAGACAAAAAUUUUCAUUACUUUUGUGUAUGGCCUUCACACAGUUCAUGAUAGAAAGCAUUUAUGGGAUGGAGACUUUAAUGCAGUUUUGUCUGUUUUUGAUAAGAUGAAUGGGGCUGCCAUCUCUAAUUAUGAAACUAGAGAUUUUCAACAAUGUCUCGAUGAUCUGGCUCUAGUUGAAAUAAAGAGCAAAGGUUCCUUCUAUUCUUGGUGUAAUAAGGCUCAUUCUGGUCCCAGAACUUUUAGCAGGAUUGACAGGGGGAUUGUGAAUCAAGCCUGGAUGAAUAGCUAUGGUCAUGUUGAAGCUCUCUAUCUUCCUCCUUCUCUCUCUGAUCACAAUCCUCUUGUCUUUAAUAUUUUCCAGUCUCAACCAGGGAAAGGGAAGCCUUUUAGAGUUGAUGUUGCUUGUGCUCAGCUUAGUGCUGUUCUAGUUCAAAUUUCUGGAGAUGAGGCUAACACUGACCUCUAUGAUAAAGAAAUGGAAGCUAUUGCUAAUGUUAAGCAUUGGCUAAGGAUUCAAGAGAGCAUUUACAAACAGAAAUCCAGGAUUGACUGGAUGCAGCUUGGUGAUGGUAAUAACCAUUACUUAUUUUCUGUGAUGAAGCAUAGACAAAGAAGGAACAUGAUUGACACUUUGUAUAAUGACCAUGAUCUGCUUCUUAAUGUCCCUGCUGAUAUUGAAGAGGAACUCACAAGCUUUUAUAAGAAGCUCCUUGGUUCUAAAGCUACCUCCCUCCCCCAUGUUGAUCUUUGUACCAUGAGGAAAGGUAGGCAAUUAUCUAGAGGAGCUCAGGACAUUCUCACUAGCCCUGUCACUGUUGAUGAGAUUGAUUUGGCUCUCAAAGGUAUUGAUAGCUCAAAGGCCCCUGGUAUUGAUGGUUUGAAUUCUUUCUUUUUCAAGGAAACUUGGAAUAUUGUUAAGGCAGAUGUUUAUGCUAGGGUGUUAGAGUUCUUUAGAACUGGCAAAAUGUUGAAAAUGUGGAACUGUACCACUAUUACUUUGGUACCUAAAGUUCAAAAUCCUUCUUAUGCCAAGGAUUACAGACCUAUUGCCUGCUGUACAGUCCUCUAUAAGCUUGUUUCUAAAAUCUUAACUGCUAGACUUGCUCUAGUUCUCUGUGAGAUCAUUGAUGAGGCUCAGGCUGGCUUUAUUUCUAGAAAGCACAUAUGA